AUGCGUCCCGAAGAUAACCGUGGGAGGGGCGACAGUGCGCUGGCCUCUCUGCGAGCCGCCGGCGUCCCGAGAGCGGGGGACGUGGCUGCGAGGGCCUUACCAAGUUACAACCCUUCCACGGAGAGACACCUAAGGGAGCCACGGGGCGAGAGCUCUGACUCUGCUGUUCGGGUCAUUGGGAACUUCAUUUCCUUGCUGUCUGCUGGCAGCAGCCCUGAGCUCCUUCAGAACACCAUCAGCUCUUACAGGCCACCUGUAGUUCCUGUCACAGGAGCUUCCUCAAUACGGCCAACUACUUCAUCAAACAAGGAAGUGAUCAGUUCAAGCCUUCCCAGCCCAGUACGAGGUGCAGGCUGUAAUGUUUCUACGCACACUGAAGUGGCCAGAGAGGAGAGGAGUAGGAACAAGCCACCAGAGAAACUGGAACCUGUGGAGCGUCUAAACUUGGAGAGCAAGAAAACAGAGCCAGGUGAAUGGGGAGAGCCCAGCCGAGUGACUCUGGGAGGAGGUACUGACAGCAGAUCUGGAAGACGGAGGAAAAUCAGUAUUUGUGACCAGAUCGCCACCCACUCCCACCCAGGGAGAGAUCCCUCAGCGACAGCCACCCACACACCAUCCAGACUGAGGAAAAUCAGGAAACUUCGGGGCCAUGUGAGCCAAGGCCACGGCUGCAUGGACAAGCACAGGAAGCGCCUGGGAGGUCAAGGUAACGCUGGUGGCUUGCAUCAGCACAGGAUCAACCUCGGCAAAUACCACCCAGGUCACUUUGGGAGAGUCGGUGUGAGGCAUGACCACUUACAGAGGAGCCAGAGCUUCUGCCCCACUGUCAACCUGGACAAACUGUGGGCCUCGGUCAGGGAGCAGACACAGGUAAACGCUGCCAAAAACAAGACCGGAGCCACUCCCAUCGCAGAUGCGGUGUGAUCGGGCUACUGCAGAGUCCUGGGGAACGAAACGCUCCCAAAGCAGCCUGUCCUGGUGAAGGCCACGUUCCUCAGCACAAGAGCUGAAAGAUUAAAGAGUGUCGGUGGGGCCUGUGGGCCGGUAGCUUGA